CUGAACAAACAUAAGAUUGACAGACAAUUAGUUAUUGGCUAAUGAUUAGCUCCUAAAUCCAGUAGCGCCUCCCUAUUAAAUUUAACAAGGAUUAGGUUUUUUUAUUAGAUUUAACAAAAAUUAAUUUUAAUUAACGCCUUAGCUUUUCUAGUAUCUCACAUUCUUCAAAGUACAUGUUUCAGUGUGAAUGGCAAAAAGAAUUUGCUUGUCAAUAGAUGAUUAUGUCCCACUCCAGAAUGAACAAAAUCUGCCGUUACUUGGAAGAAAGUAGACAUGGAGCAAUGCAGUAUUUGGGUUUUAUCCAGUGAUAAAUGGGGCAAGAAGCUGUAACAGCUUAGCUGUUUGACAGAACACAAGUACUGAUAGAGCCAAUAGUGCACCCAGUUUGAAGGCAUCUUCAGGACAUUCCUUUAUUGCUUAACAAGGAAUGGGCAGCAAAAUGCUGGCAUUUCUCUGAACUGGAAGCCAUGUUCCUCUCCUGUUUCUCCUUGAGCACACUGCUCUUUGCAGACUUCACUGGCCAGCCCAUCAAUCCUCUCUUGGCCAAUAGCUAAAUGGCACAACUACCAAAACACAGGUGCCAGCAUCAUCACCCCAGCGUUAUUCCAGCACUGCUUUGCACAGGAACACAGAACGGCUUGGCUUGCAAGGGACAUUUAAAGGCCAUCUAGUCCAAUGCCCUGCAGUGAGCAGCGACACCUUUAGAUCAGGUUGCUGAGUGCAUGACCUUGAAUGUAAGCAGGGAUGGAUGCCCACCUCUCUGAGCAACCUGUGCCAGGCUUUUAAAACCCACAGUGUAAAAAAUGGCUUUCUUAUGCCUAGGCUGAAUCUACCAUCAUUUAGAUUAAAAACAUUCCUCCUCAGUCUUGUCACAACAGGCCCUACUAAAAAAUCUGUCCCGUCUUUUUUACAAGCUUUCUUAAGGUUCUGAAAGGUAGCAGUCAGGUCUCUGUGGAGCCUUCUCUCUUCCAGGCUGAACACCUCCAGCUAUCCCAGCCUGUCUCCAAAGCAGAGGGGCGCCAGCCCUCAGAGCAUUUUGUCCCUCCUCUGGAUUAGCUCCAACAUGACCAUGUCCUUCCUGUGCUGGGUGCCCAGAGGUGGAUGCAGUACUCCAGGAGGGCUCGCAGCAGAGCAGAAGGGUGAUGGAAUCUCGUCCUUCAAGCUGCUGGGCACCCUUCUGUGAAGGCACAUGGCUGGCUCAUGCCCAGCCUCUCAUCUAGCAGCAGCCACAAGUCCUUCUCAGCAGGGCUGCUCUCCAUCCCUUCAUCCCCAGCCUGUGAGAUCAGAUGGGCUGGAACCCUGUCAUAGCCCUUGGACAGAGCUGCUGAGCAGGAUGAGCUGCCUCCUGAAGGAGGCAGAUCCUACUCCCCACACAAUUCCACAGUGGCCAUGAAGUCACAGCAGGCACUGGGGUCACAGCAGGCUGAGGUCACAACAGGCUCUGAGGUCACAGAGGUCCCAGAGCCCUGUUCUUGCACAACACCACAAGGACGGAGCAGUCAGUCCUUGACUACGACUGUUGCAGCAGCAGCGGCGACGGCAGCAGCGGCAGCAGCAGUGGUGCUGACAUUUGAACAGCGGUGUCAGGACAGUGGUGGCAGCAAGAGCUGCAGGACUGGCAGAGGGCAAGGCAUCAUGGCCCUUGCUCUGCGCUUCUUCCUCCUGCUCCUCCUGGCAGCGGCCCUGCCUGACAGGGCUGCCCAGGCUGCUCCACAGCGAGCAUGGCGAGCAGGUCCUCCUACAUGGACGAACCAAAACAUAGAAGACGAGAAAUCCCUGGAGGCAUCCCGACUUCUGGACAAGAUGUUGAGUGAUCUGGAGACACGCCGUGAGAUGAAGAAAAUGGCUUUGCUGAAGGCAGUGUUUCCCGAAGGAAACAGUGGCACGUGGGCAGCCUCUGCAGAAGGAAGGGAGGCCAUACCAGGCACAGUCCCAGGAGAUGAGGGUGCUGAGACAGCUUCUCCAGCAGCUGGGAUGGAAGAUGGUUUGGAACCAUUAGGAGGUUCUGCAGGUGUGUCUGCAGAGAGGACUUUUCCAGCUACUUUCCUGAUGCCUGAACGCAAGCUCGGCUCCCAUCGCAGGGGUCCUCCUAGAGGGAGGAACAAACCUACAGAAGAUAUCAAGUCCCUGGAGACAUCGAAACACAUGGAUGUGAUGCUGAGUGAUCUGGACAGACGCCGUGAGAUGGACCAAAAGUCUUUGCAGAAGGCAGAAAUUCCUGGAGAAUGCCAGGGCUUCAUGCCAGUUGCCUCUACACAAAGGGAGGAGAUACCAGACAGUGCUACAGAAGGUAUACUGCUGUGCCAGGCUCAGCCAGGCUGAGUAGUCCUGCUGGGGCCCCUCCAUACGAGACACGUCCCAAAACACCCUGGGAGCGGCUGCAUCGGGUGUCCAUGGCGGGGAAAGGGCAGAGGAGGAGG